AUGUUUGAUCUUAAUCUGAGCAUAGGUUCGAAUUUUGAGGAAGAUGAAUCCCCUGUAACGACGACUUCAUGGGUUGUAAACGGAAAAGAAGGCUCCAGCUACAACGGCACGUGGUCCACACGCGCCUCCCCUGAAAACUCUUAUACAUUAAACUUCGGCAUCCUCAAUAGAAAUGACCCAGUCGAGAAGGAUCGUUAUUUGACUAAAUCGGAGCCGGUGACUCGAGAGCUCUUCCCGGUGAGUGGACCAUGCGAGUUGAACGUGGGGAGACCUAACAAUAAUGGCAAUGGAAACUGGAUUGAUCAACCAGUUGUUCCAAGAAAAUUGGCACAACAUGUAAAGCUCAAGAAAAGUAGAAGGGGGCCACCUUCCCGGAGCUCACAGUAUAGAGGGGUCACUUUUUAUAGAAGAACUGGCAGAUGGGAAUCUCAUAUUUGGGAUUGUGGGAAACAGAUUUAUUUAGGUGGAUUUGACACUGCUCUUGCUGCAGCCAGAGCAUAUGAUAGAGCUGCAAUCAAGUUCCGGGGUGUUGAUGCCGAUAUUAACUUCAAUCUUAGUGAUUACGAGGAUGAAAUUAAUCAGACGAAGAGUCUGAGUAAAGAGGAAUUUGUGCAUAUAUUGCGACGUGGCUGCACGAGAGGGAGUUCCAAGUACAGAGGAGUUACACUGCACAAAUGUGGUCGAUGGGAAGCUCGAAUGGAGCAGUUACAUGGCAAAAAGGCUUACGACGAGCCGGCCAUCCAGUGUAAUGGAAGGAAUGCUGUCACCAACUUUGAGUCGACUAAAUACGAUGUAUCAGAGCCACGGAAUGAAGGUAGCCAACACGAUCUCGACCUGAACUUGGGGAUUUCAAUCUCUUCCCCAAAGGAGAAUGAAAGUUUGGCAUUGCUUCAGUUCCAACCUUAUGAUGUUCAAAAUGCAAGAAAAUCGAAGUUGGAUCCACCUCUUAAGGGACUACCGUUAUCAUCAGGGUAUCCUACAUCUUCGGUUGGUCUAAAUCCUAAAUUUGUUUCCUUCUACGAGGAAAGGCUGGCGGAGAAUAGAAUUGAAGUUUCACAAGGACUACCAGACUGGGGGCGACGAGUGGACAAUCGAGCCACCCCGAUGGCGAUGUUCUCUGCUGCAGCAUCAUCAGGAUUCUCAUCACUGGCUACAACUACUCUCUCAACUUCUGCUUUGUCAUGA